AUGUCACAAACCAGCAUCAAGGACGUAGUUUCUCGGGACGGAAAGCAAGAGCAGUGCAAUGUCGGUCUUCCAACUCGACAACGGGCCGAAAAUACCACACGAAAUAAAGUAGUGUGGCAAAAAAAUAUUCUUCCUGGGGGUAGAGUCGAUUGGGUUAUAGUUGGUUUUAGUGCACCAGCACUCAUCGAGAAGAAGGUUGAUGCCAGGGAGAUUCUUUCAGGGAGAAAAAAGAAGAAUUCGGGAGGUGUUAUCGUUGCCGCGGUUUCAAUCGAGCUACCAAGUACAAUUGAGAAGGGUGCACCGGAUCUGCUUAUUGGAGAUGGAGGUUCAAGAGAAAUAUGUAAAGAUCAGGUGGAGAAAGCGGAAGCGAUUACAAUGAAGGCUACCACCGAAGACGCAAGUACCCUCGAGAACAAGAAAACAUCUGGGCACAGUUGCGAAGAAAUAAAGUCUGGAGAGACUUCUGAGAAUCAUGAGGAGUCUGAAGGGAGAAUGACUGUUUCAGCGAAUGGAGGCAGCCCGAUACCAUUCGAAGACAGUAGCGACGGCAAAGCUCCACACACGACAGUGGAACUCUUCAAGCCUCAAAGUUAUGAAAGUUCGGUGGCACAUCGUAACUUGCCUAGUGUUUCCGGAAGAGAAAGUAGAGACCUCGAGAGGGAGAGUAGAGAUUUAUAUUUGAGAAUGCAGAGCGACCAGGAGCCCAGAGCCACAUGGUCAACUUCAAGCCCAAAAAGACGACUAAGCAAUUCUCAGUCACGAGUUUCAUCACCCACGUCAACCUCAGCGAGGAGACCACAUCCUGCCGAAAUCAUAAAAUCAUUCCGAAGCAGUGUAUCUACGAGUUCGAAUAGCCUUAGAGCGGUGUACUCUCCUAUCUUCAAUACACAAAAUUCGAAGGCACGCCUUACUACCUCAAUCUUGCCAAGAACCAGCCAACCUAUAACGAGAAGACCCAAAACGACAAUUACUGUCGCUUCAAGAAUGAUAACACAUGCGUUGGGUGUACGAGCGGUCCCUAGAGUGCCAGAACCUGAGGUAGAAUUUUAG